AUGGCUAAUGUUGAGCCCUUUGCGGCUGAUACGAAGAAGGUCAAUCGAUUCGUCAAACGCACCACGCCUCACUCUAUUGGGAAAUAUGGCGGCGAACGAGGCGUUUCUGUUCGUGAACACCAGCGGCCUGCAGUCCUUGGAUCGAAAGGCAUCGACUACUGCACGCGCAUUUCUUAUGAGAAAGCUGCAACGAGACAAUGCACGGGCAUGACGGAUGAUAACGAGUUAGGAUACGAGGGGCUGGAGAUGGUGUUGCAAGGUGACAUGGCCAUCUAUAGGCCAAAAACAACGAGUAGCCCUGCCACAUAUUCCGAGAACAAUUCCUCAAUCCAUCGAUGGCUUAUUGCCCACCAAACUAUCCCACAAAGCACGCUAGACGGAUCGGUCGAUCCCUUCGGUACCACCGGCGCGGGCUUGGAAAAGAAGGAGGCCAUUCUCCUUGACUUCUUUUCCAAAGGCGUCUUCCCUCGAAUUUUCCCACUUUGUGAUCUUAACCAGACGAUCAGCGCCCAAAAGAUAUGGUUCAUGGCGGCUUUCGCCGACCCGGCCUCUCUGCAUGGCAUUCUGUGCCUCGCAGCUCUUCAGAUGACGGAAAUUUCCGCAUAUUUCCAACCCAAAGAAUCCGUAGCACUAGCACUGCGACAUAGAGCUAGUGCCAUCGAAGCAGUUCAGAAGAACCUUGCUGAUCCCGUGAAGGCUAUUUCGGACAUGAAUAUCGCCGCAGUCUUCAGUCUCCUCUGUCUAGAAGAGAACCUCUUCUCAACGUCCUUCUCCUCAUUGACUGGCAUAAAGCAGGAUCCCGCUCACCUAGUGGCGCAUGCGAAAGGACUGAAAGACAUGUUACGGCUCCGUGGAGGAGCAACCGGGAUAUCGUCGUCCAAGCUCCUGCAACAUCUCAUUGCUAGAUACUGUGUCACUCGAGCGGGAUCGACCUUUGAUAGGAAACACUUGCCGCCGAGAGGAUUGACCGCUCAAAUUUAUGACAGUUACCCUGUGUCCUCCACGUAUUAUGAUGAAGCGACCUCAAUGGCAGAUAAAUGCAGAAAGCUAGGCCUGAAUGUUAGCUUGAUCAAUUUGGUCAAGUCUAUAGAUUGCCUCAGUCGAGAUUCUCGCGACUGGAUGAGAACACCCAACAAUCAUCGGUUUGAUCUUAUCGACAUCCAGAGUAUGUGGGUCAUGUUGUCUGGUGAGGUACUAGAGUGCUACCUCGGAUUGGAGGAGAGCGGUACACUGACACCAUUGGACGGUAUCGUCGGUCUCUGUCUCCUUCUUUUCGUCGGGCUAGUGGUUCGCGCGCGAGUGAUGGCAUUUGGCGGUGGCACUUCUCUGAUAUGGCGCCUUAGUAAAUGCCUAUCAGAAGGCGGAGGUGAAUCGAUCGAGGCCUUACGACGCACAAAUCUGGACGUCUGGGUCGGAGUCGUCCUGGUCUUGUCCCCGGCUUUGCACCCAGAUUACGAGCGUCAGAUGUGGGCCAUAUACCUCGGUUCAAUGAGAUGCCAGAAAUCAGCCUUCAAGACGUCAGCGGAUCUCAAGAAACAUCUGCUUAAGCACUCCCUCUGGUGGCCUGAGAAACUGGACAAAUUCGUAGACACCAUCUGGGAUAGUACGGUUGAUGUAUGGAGGCGACCUGAACAAGUCAUCUCGGGCAUUGCGGGAGUAUCAUUUGCUGGUGUCACGGGGGUUUCAAGGCAACCCCAUGCCACUGUCAAAAAUCCCUAUGUUUGCGGUGCUCCCUUUGACAUGUACUUAACCCGAGAAGAUGUCGGCUUGUUCCGUACUUGA